AAUAGUUGAAACACGGGCGGGGAUAGAGGAGGAGAUAACGUAUUUCUGUGUUCCUUUCAUCUCGGACCAUCAAUGGCGGCCGCUCCUGCACCUUCGUCACUCUCCUUCUCCUCCUCAAUCUCAAUCUCUCUCUCCACACGAACUCCUCCCACAAACCUCCUUUUCCCCAACCAUCGCCACCGCCGGACCGCCUUCCAAUUCCAAUUCUCCUCUUCAACCAUCCGCUCCGAACUCACCACACUCCCCGUCCUCACCUUCGAAGGAGCGCAAGCCGGCUCCGCCACGCUCAACCUCAAGUCUGCCCCGCCGGAGACCGCACGUGCCGUCGUCCAUCGAGGUCUCACAACCGACCUCACCAAUCGCCGCCGCGGCACGGCCUCGACCCUCACCCGCGCCGAGGUUCGCGGCGGCGGCGUGAAGCCUUACCCUCAGAAGAAAACAGGGCGUGCACGGAGAGGCUCGCAGCGAACCCCCCUCCGCCCCGGCGGCGGCGUCAUCUUCGGCCCUAAGCCGAAGGACUGGUCCGUGAAAAUCAACAAGAAGGAGAAGAAGCUCGCCAUUUCCACCGCCAUCUCCAGCGCAGUCGAGAGCACUGUUGUUGUUGAGGACUUCGAGGAUAAAUUCGAGAAGCCUAAAACGAAGGAGUUCAUCGCACUGAUGAAGAGGUUAGGGCUGGAUCCGAAGAAGAAAUCCCUGUUUCUGAUGACCCAAGUUCCCGAUAAUGUGAAGCUGUCGAGCAGAAACAUCGGCACUCUGAAAAUGCUGACACCGAGGACUUUGAAUCUAUUCGACAUUUUGGAUUCGGAGAAUUUGGUUUUAACUAAAGGUGCCGUAGAUAUGUUGAAUGAGAGGUAUGGGGCUGAUGCUGUUGAGGAAGAUGACAUUGCUGCUGCUGCAGAGGAUGAAUUUGAAGAAGAAGAAGAAGAAGAAGAAGAAGGAACGUCAGUUUGAAGCAGAAAAUUUGGACAUAACAGAGUGAUGGCUACUGCUUGUUCCCUAAAUUGUCGUAAACUACCCCAGCACAACGAACUGCUGAAUGGCUUGGAUGGGCAAAAUCAGCACCAAGUUCUGGGUUAACUGUGGUAAACUAUCCCAAGCGAGCCAUUGUAUUAAUCUUGUAUUUUUUUUAUUUUUUUUUCUUUUUCCCUUUCUUGUUUCGCAAUCUUUAAAACAAUUGAGUUGGUAGCAGGGCAGGGCGAAUGAUGUACCACACUAAUUUUCAGGUAUUCAAAUGGACCUUUUUGUA